CUUAUCUAUACCAACCAAGACUGGGCAAAACUGGAGACACUCGCAUACGAUUCGCCACUCAGCACUUCAGUCUUGUUCGUCAGCCAGCCAGGCUUCGCCGAUCAGUCUACUUGUAAAUCCACUCCGAAAUAGCAGUUAGUAGGGAAGAAUAGGCGACAAACCGGUUAAACUCAGCAACUGGUAAUGCGCUACGUCGUAUGCAAUUUAUUCGGGUCCAUUUUGUGUCUCAACUCCAAGAAGAUUGCGGGAAGUACUACAGUUCACUGCCCGCUAACUGAGAAACAGGGACUGACAAGUAGAGUUCUGCAUAGACCGCGUGGUAGGCUCCGUCUAACUUCUGUUCAACGAACAUCCUUGUCUAUAAAGAUCACGACAAGCCCAGCCACCUCCACAUCAUUACAUUCCAGAACAAUGACUGAAUAUACGGUUUCAGACCUAGAGUAUAAGUUAGCACGUGCUAGCUUCCCACCCUCAAACCGGCCGGAUGUCAGCCGAAAAUGCCUCCUGAUGUUGGCAUGGUCCAGCGCCACGAUCUAUGAUAUAUCGCAGAUGGAGCAAAUCAUGCGGACACAGCAUUCCCUAAUCGAUUUGUAUAGCUAUGUAACAUCCCGGCCACAGGGCAUCUCAGGGCAUACACCUCAAGUUCAGUACGGGACGUAUUGUAUUGUGUCAUACCGCACAAUGCACGGAACGCUUCCUUCGAGGAACAAAAUAACUGGCGCCCCAUUACCGAUGAGAUACAACCCUGUCCGCCCUUUUUCGUCGCUUACAGGCCACAUACUUACACAAGCUGAAAGCUUCCACAUCGCGUCUCCGCGUCCCGACUCACACCACAUAACACAGCCAAGCCCAUUCUGAUUCUCACAUGCGACCUACAAUCAAACCCCGUGGGACGGCAGUGAGGCGUCUUAGGGCCAGGCUUCAUCUAAAAGUCCCAGUCGCCCUACUGAAUCCUGCCACCGUCCGCGAAGCAUUAGGCUUGGACAACAUGCCGUGUUGCGUCUCAAAUUGAAUCGUCGUGUUAAUGUAGUAUUGGGAGAACACAAGACGAAGAGGCGUUGAUCGAUCGCCGGGAACGCCCCCUAUAAACAUUUAGUCCCUUACGAGAACGUCAUGUGGCGGCGUUAACAAGUAGCCAUUACAGCACGUUUCCUCA